AUGUGUGCACUUUGGCUGCUGCAUGCGACGCACGCCGACGGCACGGACAUGGACGAGAGCGGCUGCUGCAGAUUUGACUUGAUGCUGCUCAUGUCCAAGGUCGUGUACGCGCUCAGGCUCAAGCGCCUCGUGGUGUGUUUACUCCCGACUUCCUCGCUUCUACGUGGCCGCGGAUCCAGGACUAUGGACUUCCUCGUCAAUGUCGUGGGCACGACCGCGUGCUAUUUGUACAGCUACAUCUCGAUGGCCGGGUGCAUCUUGAGCCUUAACGGCAUUGCGGAAUCGUGGAUACAACCAAUGUCGUUCACCGUUAAGAGGGACGUAGCAGGUUACUAG